UUGGAAUGCAUCCGAGAUGCCACUGGCAUAAUUUCAAAUUCGCACUCAUUCGUGAAAUCUGCUGAUUCAUUUCCUGUUCUUGUUGUUGGCACUAAAGUUGAUUUGAUGCCAUCGACCCCCCAGCAACCGUCUAUCGAUCGGAUAUUCGGCUUAGAUGAUAACUUUUCUAGAAAUUUUUAUAAUUCUCAUUGUUCUGACUUGGCUGAAGACGUAUUUUCCCGUCGACCUUGUUCAGAAGACAUUGAAAUUUAUCCAUCCAAUUGUCUAGAUAAAACGGCUCGUUCAAUCAGCUUAGCCUCAACUUUUGCUGCGGAGCGUGGAUUUUCGGAGCUUAUUUUAAGUUGCCUUUCUCCUAACUGUCUUUCACCUGGAAGUCGCAAUGCUGUAAUUCUAGAAACAUUCCUUGAUAAGGUAGUCACUUAUUGCAUGCGGGGCAACGUUAGCAACGGAUUUCUUCCAAGCUCUGGCUGGAAAUGUGCUUAA